GCCCCGGCACUGUGGGGAUGUCAGGUGGUGGUGGUGUCUGUGUAUUUUAUGUUUCUUUGGACUAUCUGGCCCCUUCAGCUCUCACCUCCUCCCAAUCUCCCCACCCUGAGUCGCCUCUAUCCCUCCAAUCAGUCUCCCUCACCCCUCCCAAUACCUUUCACACGCCCUUUCCGGUUUGGUGAUACUCCCCUCGAUCUACUUGAUUUCUGUUGAUGCCACUCUUGCUCCUGGAGUGUCUGUUGCUGGCAUGUGUAUGAUUGGGAAGUUCAACUGAAGUUGGCGUUGGUCCGCAGUCGUCAUUUUGAGACUAUUUGCAAUAUCUGAUGCCAUUUUGGAACAGAGGACAUCAUGAAGUUAAAGCAGCGUGUUGUUUUACUAGCUAUCCUUCUCGUUAUUUUUAUUUUCACUAAAGUGUUCCUGAUUGACAAUUCAGACUCAUCUGCAACUAAUCGAGAGGAUCAACAUUCUUUCCAGCGUAUGAUGGAUAAUCUUAAAAUUGAACUGAAUCCCAGUCUGGAGCACACUCUACAGUCACCAUGGGAAAUUGCAGCGCAGUGGGUUGUUCCCAGGGAGGUGUAUCCCGAAGAAACUCCAGAGCUUGGAGCCAUUUUACAUGCUAUGGCCACCAAAAAGAUAAUCAAGGCUGAUGUGGGCUACAAAGGAACCCAGCUGAAAGCUCUGCUUGUUCUUGAAGGUGGUCAGAAGGUUGUGUUCAAACCUAAAAGGUACAGCAGGUCUUAUGUGGUGGAAGGGGAACCAUACGCUGGUUAUGACAGACACAAUGCUGAAAUAUCUGCUUUUCAUCUGGAUCGGAUUUUAGGAUUGCGGCGUGCUCCAGUAGUUGUUGGGAGAUACGUAAGUCUAAAUACAGAGAUAAAACCAGUUGCAUCUGAGCAGCUUCUGAGCACCUUCCUUACAGUAGGGAACAAUAGUUGCUUCUAUGGAAAAUGCUACUACUGCAGGGAAUCUGAACCCGCAUGUGCAGAUGGGCAUAUAAUGGAAGGAUCUGUCACACUAUGGCUACCUGACAUCUGGCCGAUGCAAAAACACAGACAUCCGUGGGGCAGGACCUAUCGAGAAGGAAAACUAGCCAGGUGGGAAUAUGAUGAAAGUUACUGUGAUGCAGUAAAGAAGACCCCGCCAUAUGAUUCUGGUCCUCGGCUCCUAGAUAUAAUAGAUACUGCAGUUUUUGACUACUUGAUUGGUAAUGCAGAUCGACAUCACUAUGAAAGUUUUCAAGAUGAUGGUGGAGCGAGUAUGUUAAUUUUAUUGGACAAUGCAAAAAGCUUUGGGAAUCCAAGUUUAGAUGAAAGAAGCAUUUUAGCAUCUGUGUAUCAGUGUUGCAUUAUUAGAGUGUCUACCUGGAACAGGUUAAAUUACCUAAAGAAUGGAGUUCUCAGUGCAGCAAUGCGAACUGCCAUGUCACAUGAUCCUAUUAGCCCUAUUUUAACAGAUGCCCAUUUGGAGGCAAUGGAUCGACGGUUAAUGAGUGUCAUCACAACUAUCAAGCAGUGCAUUGAACAAUUUGGCACAGACACUGUGCUAGUGGAAGAUAGAAUGCAGUUAACUCACUUAAAAUAAGGUGCUUGAAAUGAAAACUGAGUAACACUAAUUUCCCUGCAUAUGUCAAACAAGCAAACAGGAGUAGCAGUGCACGCUAUGGUGUACAAACUCGAGGAAAUUGAAGAAAAUGAUUCUAUUCUCUUGGAGUUAUAAAUUGUUUGGUGAAGUAUGCUUAACCUGGGAUAGGUACUGGAAAAUCUUGGCUGGACUGAAUUCUACUGAUCCUGGAAGCACUGACAGAUCAGCGUAAGAGGAAGCAGUGAAACAUUUUCCUGAAGUUAUGCUUUACUUUGACCUUUAAUGCAAAUGUAAGCAUGUUCUUUGUGAUUUUAUCUUACAUCAAGAAAUACAGACCUGUUUUAAGUGUCUUAGAGAAAGUUGAUGAAUCUAUGCUGAAUUUGACAUAUCUCUUGCCUAUAAGGAGGGAAAGAAUAAUUUAAAUCUUUGUUCUUACACUGCCAAUAUUAUUGUCCAAUUAGAGAUGCUUUUUCUUAAUAACCCUGCUUGGGUUACAUUGGAUAUAUUUAAUGGACAGAUUACAAAUUCAGGUCUUGUCUCACUUUCUCUGUUGUAAAAAUUAAAAUGUUUCAAAAUUUGGCACAAGAGACAGAAUCUGAAUGGGAACAAUUUUAUCACAAACUACAGAACAUAUUUUCAUACUGUACUUACUUCAGAGUAUAUAAAGCUUUAUGGAACUCUUGGGUUCAAUUCUUCUUUUCUUGUAGAAGUCACGUUCAAUCAUUCUUAUUCUAUUUAAAAGUGUACUAUUGAACUUUAAACCAUAAUCUUUUACACCGUAACACUCUAGUAUUCAAUUCCAACAGUUUGAAUUUUGGUGCCCUAUGGAUAAUUCAAACUUACCUGAUGUUGCAGAUGGAUUUUGUUAGGUUUGACAAUCCCCUCUCUGUUGAGCCUAGUGGUUAUAUUGAGGAAGGAAGUUAUGCUUAGAACCACACAAUAUGGGACCAAUUGAACAGUCUGUGUCUUUUUGAGACUGAUCUCAUGGGAAGAGAUUCAAUUAAAAGAAAUUGUGAAUUUCUACACUUUUUAUUGUUUUGACUGCUUUCUUUAAAUUAUGUCAGGAUCCAUGUUAAAGGUAAGGUGUGUUUAAUUGUUGUCAGUUUAAAAAAAGAUAUUUGUGAUUCUUUAUACUGUGAAAAUGUUGAGCUGUUGGUUUACUGCGUACAGAUUUGUGUGUGCUAAGUUUAUAUGUGAAGUUCCCAAAAUCCAAUUGUGAAAGUUUCAGAGUUAAUGGUCAAUAAUAAUUCUCCUUUCCCUGAACAAGAUCCGCCAUCUUUUGGUUUGACGUUUACAAUAAUAGCUGCAAACCAGGAAGACUUGGUCUUUUUGGGAAUGGUACAAACUUUAAGAAGAUGAGGGAACUUUUGUGGUAAUAAUGUGAUUUAUAAAUAAUUAUUCAGAUAAUUUAUUUGGUAGGGGUAGCCGUGAGCUAUUGCCACAUGGGCAUUACAUAAUGCAACUAAUAUACUGUAAGUGGAAGGUUGUCCCUUAAUUUAGAAGAGAGAAUGAGUGCAGCUGGGAUUUAAAUUCUUUAAUAACCCAGCUGUUGAAAAUUGAUGGCUUGAUCAUCUCCAAUGCAAAUAAAAGGUCUAAUCCACCCGUAGGAUAAAGCCCUUCUAUUUUAGUAUAUAAAAAUAAAGCACAGCUUCAACAGAUGUUCAUUUUCAUUAAUACAUUAAAAAUUCUCAGGUCUAUGAAUAGCUAUCAGCAAGUAAUGGUUUUUGUCACUGAGUUUGUAUGAGUUACAUGCUGGAAUAUUCAUGUUCCCAACAGUUAAAAUAAUUCAUUUUUAAAAGAGUUCUUCUUUGUUUAGACAGAUCAAUUCCAUCUAUGGAAAGCAGACUGAUAUUCUUAUCGUAGUUAAACGCCUAUUUAACUUUUAAGGUGGCCACAUCACUUGCUCCUUUUCCCACUAGUUUUUGUCUUAUGACUCUCUCUAACGGUGCAAUACUACUGGAAGGUUCUUUUAACCAGUUGAUUUAUGGGGUUUUAGUUGUUUACACAGAAUCUAGUUUUCACCUACAAAGAAUUGACGUGUCCCUGAUUUUGUUCUAUAAUUCCAAUUUUCACUGCAGAGUUGGUGUUGCAGUUGAUAUUGUAACUCACCAUCCUGGCAGUGCCCACACUAAAUGCCAAAGUUGAAAAAGUAUGUUUUGCUAAUAUUUAACCAGAUUUUUUUGAUUAAUUAUAAUCUGUCCAAUAAAUAACUAUAGUUGAAAUGGAAUAUUGUAAUGUUUGUCUUUAUUCAUCAAUAAUAACUGAAAUCUUUGAUAUAGCAAAAAUUCUUAAAAUACAAGAAAAAAUAAUGGGAGGUGGAAUUUUCCUGCCCUGCAGGACCAUUCAUAUUUUAUGCUUUCCAGGAGCAUCUUGCAGAAUAAAACUUUUCUUUAUCUCAGCAACAUAGU